GAAUUUUAGGUUUUUGUUAUUAAUAGAUAUAUGCUGUAUUGUUUUCAAAUUUCAGAUACGGAGUUGGAGUUGCCUAAUCGUUUAUACGGUGAGGGAUUGGAACCUCAGGUUAAGAAGAUUAAUAACAGCUGCCGACUAAAACUUCUCGAGUUGCUAAAAGAAAAAAUGGAACCAGAAUUCGAUGAAGUUAUGAAAGAUCCCAUUUUUUCACAGAUUAUGGUUAUCCAGAAGAAUGAUCUGAAGUUUUCGGCGAGGUUGGUACACUCUUUCUUGUGUAAGGAGUUGAUGACAAGCAAGAGACAUGAGAAGUGGUUUACUUUCGCUAGGAGACCUAUGCGUUUUGGAUUGCAAGAGUAUCAUGCUGUCACUGGUCUGAAAGUGAAGCGAGAGAAUAACAGUGGGCUAGUGACAUGGAAAGACGAUAAUGGUUUUUGGAGCAAGCAGAUAAAGACAAAUGGAAAAAUAAAUUUGCAGAUCAUAAAAAAGAAGCAUUUGGAAGAGAGCAAUACCUGGACUUGGGUUGAUAGGGUGAGACUGAUAUAUCUUUGCGUUAUUAUGGGUGUGGUGAUGGGAAAGGAUGAGAAGGUGAAUAUCCCGCAUCUGUACAUGAAGUUGGCGAUGGAUUUGGAGAAGCUUCGGAAUUACCCAUGGGGUCUGUAUUCGUUUGAUUUCCUUCUGAAGCAAAUUGAUAAAACAAGGCAUAAAUUAGAGCAGAAAGAGGGGUAUCUGAUGGAAGGAUUCUUGUUUGGUUUCCAAAUUUGGAUAAUGGAAGCUGUUCCUGCUUUAGGAGAGAUUUGUGGCACAAAAGUCAGUAAAAAUUUUACAGGUCCACUGUGUGGUAAUUGGAGAGGAUGUGCAAAAUGUUCUUAUGAAGAUAUCAUUGGUGUUGAGAACUUAUUCCCAGAAAACGGGAUUUUGCAUUCAUUCAUGGAAUCCCACAUAGAUGGAGUGGUCCUUUUGGCAACUGAUUUUGUACAGAAGGAUGAGAAGAAAGAUGAAAGAGUAGAUCGUAUUUUAGAUAUGAUCAAUAGUAAACAUGAUUGGAACAAUCAUGUUUGGGGAGUAAAAGAAGCUACAAACUCUGAAUUUGAGGAAUCUGGCGAAGAGAAAGGAGAUGAUCAAAGAGCUGAUACUGAGAGAGGUGAAAAUAGUCAUGUUGCAGGGAAUGUUGAUGGCACAACUGAUGUUUCGGGAAGAAACAAGAGAAAGCAUGCAGACCGAGGAGCAGAGUCAAGGAAGAAGAAUGUUUUGUGCCACCUAGCUGCUUCAUCAAAAGGAAAUAUUGACACAGAUAUGAAAAAUUUCUUGGAGGAUCUGGUACAAGCUUCUUUUACUACUUUUGGGGAGAAAUUCUGUCAGCAGUUCUCGGACAGGUUGGGUAAGAUUGAGACUGAGGUUACACAACUCAGGACAGCUUCAGAGAGAACUGAGCAAUUUGAGACCGUUGUAACCGACAGAUUGGGGAAAAUUGAGGCUGAGGUUACACAGCUCAGGACAAGUUUAGUGGUGACUGAAUUGGUGGGAAAGAGUGAUCAAGCAAGCGGUCCUAGCUUGACCAAAAUCAACAGUGGUCCUAGCACCAGCAAAAAAGGCACUGCUCCAUCAAAGAAAAAGGUAACUACUAAGAGAAAGAGUUAAAAGUUGUUGAAAGCUUGGAACUAGGCGAUGGAAUGUAGGUCUUUGAAGCUAGGUUGUUAGAACUUGGAAUGAGGCGGUAAUAUGUAUUUGAAACUUGUCGUUUAUGUAAUCACUAUAUUUAAUGUAAUAUGUAUUUGGAAGUUUGUAUGUUUAUUAUGGAUUUCGAACUUGGCGUUUAUGUCUAUUCUCUGUUUUGAACAUGAAAUUUGUAUGUGUAAUUUGUAAUUGUACGUGUUUGUCAACAGGCUGUAAAAAACCAAGAGUUAAAGACUGCUGAUUCGUGUGUCAAUUUACCUCGUGCAAAAGUUACUCAAUCAUCAGCUAGUGAUCUUAGUAUGGGUACACAAGAGUUUUUGGAAAGUUGCAUGAAGAACCUUCCAUUAGACACAUUUGUGAAAAGUUUGAAUCCUUCUCAAGCUAAAGUCGAAGAUUCAUUGGAUUGGUUGGAACUUCCAAAAUCAUUGAAGAAGCCAACAGAUUCAUUGGAACUUCAAAAAUCAUUGAAGAAGCCAGCGGUCCGAUUAGAUGACCGAGAUAUAGAGCUAGACGGCGAAAAUUUCCCUGAUCGCUGCUUGGUGUUUGUGCAUCCUACAGAUUUUAAGAAGAUGCAGGACUGGCAAGAUACACGAACGUAUGUUAUUCCUUUGUAUAUAUCAUUCGGUUGAUUGUCUUAAUAAUUGACAUCUCUACCAUUGUAUUUUGUUUACAGAGCUAUACAGAUUGGUCCUUCUAUGUUAGACGGUGAUCUAGCCGGACGUAUUAUGUCAGCCAGCAGUUGGCUUAAAAACUACGUAAGCAUUCGACUGGUUAUUUCUAUAAAAUGUUACCUAUUAUAUUACUGUAUACAUUAUAGAUUUGUCUUUGUUUUUGUAGGAAAUUGAUGCUAUAAUGUAUGUUUUCCGGGAAAGAACAACAUUGAAACGAUGGAACGUAGACCGUGUUGCUUUCAUGACAUGCGUCUUCAGCGACCUCAUUGCUAAGGAUUACCAGAAUUUCUGUAAGGGUAUUAAGAAAUACACUAUGGAUCCAUUACUACUGCAAUACGGUAAAGGUGAACUGCCUUCCCAUGGAAAAACACAGAUGUUGUGGAAUGUCGAUGUGGAUUGGAUGUACGUUCCUGUCUGGGUCAAUUGCAACCAUUGGAUUGCUUUAUGCAUCAGUUUUGUGACUAGGAAUAUCCAGGUGUUUGACUGCGGGGGUAAAAAAAAAUCAAGGAAGUGGAAGCUUUCGCGCAGCUUAUUCCUCGGAUUGUCAAGGCCGUGCAGUCAUUGACAAUACAGAAGCAUUUCCACAUCACUCCGUACAAUGUUUCCUAUGUACCUAUGAGUGGUCUUAACCGACUUCAAUGUCAUUGUGGUGUGUACACUAUAAAACACAUCGAAUGCCACGUGCUUGGGUUGGACAUAUCUAUGGUGAAUGAUGAGAACAUCUGGGGAGCUCGGAUAAAGAUUAUGUGGGAUCUAUGGGAAGCAGCUAAUGAUCUAGAACUGAUUGAGAGAAUGUCAAAGUAUGAACCUAUUAAGUGUAGUAAGCCUGCCGAGUAUGUUGAGAUUGAUGAUUUAUGAUUUAUUGUUGGUUAUGCUUUUUUAAACUUAUUUUGUAAUGAUUUUAGGAGUUUGUGUUAUAAUGGUUUUUUUCUAUAUACAGUACUUGAUCUUACAAAAUGAAAGACAACAUUAUCAAUUACGAUCGUUCGGCAAAAGCUCGAUCGCUUUCAGAUCGAUCGAUCUGUAUUUCAGAUCGAUCGAUCCCGCACCCUGAGCAUUAUGCAGACACAAACAAAAAACGCGCAGCAACUUUUGAUCGACCUGUUCCAUUACGCUCGUUCAGCAAAGCUCGAUCGCUUUCAGAUCGAUCGAUCGGUAUUUCGGAUCGAUCGAUCCCGCACCCUGAUAAGUAUAUUUUAUGGUUUUCAUCGGUUAAAUCCGGUUUAAUACCCACUUAAAUUGAACCGGAAUAACACGAUUUUACUCAUAAAAUCGUGAUUGUGAGAUCAAAACCUCACUUUUAUCUUCUUCCCCAAUUUUUCUUGAGAGAAUGGAAUCAAAACCCCCUUCAUAAAUCCUAUCUCUCUCGAUUUAACUCCGAUUUGGACGAUUCUUGAGCCUAACCCACACGAUUUCGUAAGAUAAUUCCGAAUCUACCACUCUUUCGGUCGAUCUGUGAAGGUAUGAAACUCUAUCUCCACUUUUAUAGUUCGAAAUUUAAAUAGCAAAAAGUGAAAUUUUAGUGUUAUUAAGUCGUUUUGGCUUAAAUCGUGUGUUAGGAUGAUGAUUAGUGACGAUUUUCCAUAUAGCUCUAAGAAAUUAGGGUUACUUAUUUAAAAAAAAAAUUCCGAAAAUUUGGAUUAAGGGAUUGAUUGAAUCAGAUCUUCUAACCAAGUUAAUACGGCAUGAAAAUUAAACAAAGUUCUCCCAAACUGAAACAAAGUUACUAAUAUUCAAGCAAAUAAAAUCUUUAAAACUGAAACAAAGUUGUCACAAACAGAAACAAAGUUACUAGAAAUCAAGCAAAAGAAGUUUGGAAAAGUUUCACUAAAUUGUGAAGAACACAGCAAACAAAUCCACUAUAUUGGCAUCUUGCAAGUUGCUCUAUUAUGACCACCAAGACCACAUCUACUGCACUUACGAGACUGACCCGCCUGUGAUCCUUGUGAUGAUCGGAUUUUGUCUUCAACAGUUUCAUAUCUGCGUUUUCUAUUUCUUCCAAGAGAUCUUCUUGUCUCAGGCGGUAGCACUUCAGAAUUUUCCACAACUUGUGGGACAGACCAACCAUAUUCAGGAACUGAAAUGGGAUUUAUGCUUUCGUGAUAAGCUUCUCUCCAAGCUCCCGUGGUAUACAAAAAAUCAGUCAAUGUAUAUGGUUCUCUACCAACAAAGAAACCAGCUUUUAUUGCGUGUCUACAAGGGAUUUUCGAAAGGUCGUACUUCCCACAAGAACAAGUCCGUUUGUCCAAAUCAACAAAGCAGUCAAUUGUGUCACCUUUAACAAGCAGCUGGCUAUCGGUUACAGGGUAAACUCUGAAAGUUUUCCCCUUUCCAAUUCUCCUAUCAAUCUUUUCCUCCACAUCUAUGGUCAAACGGUGGGUGUGCUUUAAAAUCAACUUCUUACGCUUAAAAAACCAACGUGUCAGCAUUUCUCUAAUACUGUCCAACAAAGGAAUUACGGGAAACUCUCUCGGCGAACGCAACGCAGAAUUUAUCGACUCUGCAGGAUUGUUUGUCCUAAUGUCAUACCUGUAUCCAUGAAAUUGACAUCUAGCCCACUUUUUGACAUCUGCUUCCAUAAGAUACGUUCCAAUUGCUAGACUGAUAUUGCAAACAUGAGCAAACGUCUUCUUGAAAUCAACCACUCUAUAAGCCUUUGAAGCCUUAGAAAUCAACCCAGCUAAUCCCUUCCCCCUGAAAUAUGAUAUCACAUUAUUCAACAAAUGAUGAAUACAAAUACCAUGUCUCGCUAGCGGAUACACUUUCUCCAGUGCCUUCCCUAUUGACACUUGUCUAUCCGAAAUAAAAGCCAAACCAUUAUCAUCAGCAACAACAACUUUUAAUUCUCUCAUAAACCAUUCCCAAGACUGCUCAUUCUCAGAGUCUACUAUCCCAAAUGCAAUAGGAUAUAAAUUUGAAUUUCCAUCUAUAGCAGUUGCAACCAGUAGCACCCCUUUGAAUUUACUCUUCAAGAAUGUUCCAUCGACAACAAUGACACGCCUCAUGACUGUGUUAAAGCCUCUGAUCGAUUGACCAAACGCUAUAAACAGAUAUCGAAAUCUACCAUCGACGUCAGUCUUGUAAGAGGAAUGUGUACCCGGAUUGGCCUCUCGCAGCAUGUGCAAAUAUUUUGGAAUUUUCCCAUAACUUUCCUCUGGAAUACCUCUAACAGCGUUGACUGCAUAUUCACGGGAAUCCCAUGCUAAAGAAUCAGAGAUCUCACAUCCAUAAUCAUUACGCAUAAUCUGAACAAUAUCUUUCGCUUUAGGCCCUUCCUUGAUACCUUCAUAUUUAUGCAUUAUCAGAUUGCCUAUCGUUUUCGCUGAAGCUGUCCUUCCGGCACUGGUUUUGUUUGAAGGUGCGCAGGAAUGUACACCGACAUACUUCUUAAUAAUAAAAUAUGUGGAGCCCUUCAAACACUCAGCUCGAGCACCCCAAAAGCACACCUUAUCAGCGCAUCUAAUACACCAAACUGAUUUAUUGGAGUUGGUAACUGUGUAGUGAAAGUUAUGCUUCAUUGCACAUAACUCAAACCUCGCUUUCAAAACUGUUUUGUUGAGGAAAAGAUCUCCCGUCUUAACCAAUUCGACCACCUGACUCUUUGCCAAUUUUUCUCUGUUUUCUUUUUCAGAAUUGAUCUUCUCAGCAUCAUCAUCAUCUCCUUCAACCUCGUCUUACUUCAUUUUUCCUUUCUUCUUCUCGUUAUGCUUGUCAGCAUCAUAAUCAUCUCCAUCAACUUCACUUUGCUUCAUCUUCCCUUUCUUCUUCUCGUUAUGCUUAGCCCCCUUAACAAUAUUUGAAGCGGUCCCAAUGUCACAAGGAUUUCGCUUGUUCUCUUCACUAGUACUUGCAUCAGUUGGCAUCUUAUUAAGAUCAAUAUCGAUCUUAUUUGGAUUUCCUUGCUUUGCUUUAUAGCUGACACACAAUUGAGUUGACUGAUGCUUCUUACAAAACCCUAGAAAAUUUUGAACUUGCCUUGAGUUUCCAAUGAUCACUGGUGGACAAUUUGAUGAAUUGAUCAAUCCAAUAGGAAGGUAACUCAACUCCAAAUCAGCAUCUGUUUCUUCAAAACCAAAAUCCUCUAUAACAAUUUUCUGUAACUCUUCCAGAGAAGACUUCAAUUCCAAAGCAAGUAACCUUCCCCCUUUCUUUUUAUCAACAUUAAAACUCCAACCUGAAGAUACAACCAAUUCCCAAACACCACAUGAUGCAUAGACAUGAAUCAUGGUAGAAAUAAUGUGAAAAUUUUGUGAAAAUUUUGUGAACAAUCAAUGGAAUAUAGAAGACGGCGAAGAAGGUUGCCAAGGUUUUUUUUGUCGUUUUUUUUUUGUUCUUUUUCGUUUUUUUUUUUU